UCCAGGUCUCUUACGAUCUACGUACAUAUCGGACACGGAGCAAUAUUGCAGUCACACCCUUGGGCACAUGUCCUCUGUUGUGCUACCUGGUGAUUUCUUGGCCCCCAAAGAUGAUAAGCAUAAAUGUGGCCCUUUGACCCAUGUCUGGGGUGGUGAAAUUAGAGCCAACUGCCGUGGCCAGUUGAAGAUUUCUCAUGUUGAUGGUUCGGAGAUGGUGGAAGUCUUGCCUUGGAGAACUCCUGGCGCUGUGCCGUAUUCUGGCGCUAUUGUUUUAGCUAAGGUCUCCAGCCUCAAUCGUCGUUUUGUCCGUUGUGAUGUUGUGGCUGUUGGCGACGUCCCGCUAGCUGGAUCUUUCAGGGGGCUACUCAGACGCGAAGAUAUACGGGCAACGUUGAGAGAUCAAGCAGAGCCCGUUCAAUGUUUUCGUCCUGGCGACUUGAUUCGGGCACGAGUGAUCAAUCUGAUUGGUCCGGGGAUGAGCUCACAGCCAUUAAUCGUCCCCCACCAAAGUGUCUCAACGGACGCCGCCGCCACGCUACUUGCUGCACAAGCUGUCUCGGCCUCUGUUGGUGCAGCCUGUGACGCUUCUUCUGGGUCAUCGUCCAGCGCUGCUUGCUUGCUCUCAACCGCUGAACCCGGUUUGGGUGUUGUACUCGGACUGGGCCGCUCACCGGACACUCCUGCUGCUGAACUACUGGGUAGCACUGCCGGUUGUCCCCUUAUUCCAGUCUCAUGGACGGAAAUGGUGUGUCCACAUACACUGGCCCGUUUUCCCCGAAAGGUUGCUCGGGUUCCUGAUGAGUUAUUAAUGCAACUUGUAAAAAUGGAUGUCGAAUAGAGACUCUGAACAAUGCGCUUAUUAUUUCUGUAUGGUUAUUUCCCAAGGAUUGUUCAGAGAGAAACUCAUUGUGACGAUGAUCCGAAGUAGCACAAUUUGUGAGGCUCGAAGAAGUACAAGUUCGGACCGCCGUGCGAUAGCGUGUGACUAGUAGUCCACUUUUAGACCAACCUGCAUACUUAUGUUGCACUUUGUUAUUUGCCAAACUUUUCCUUUUUCAUGAUUACUUCGCUAUUGGCAAAUGAGAUGAAAUUACGACCUUGAUAACCUCUUUCAACCACCUCACAUCGGGUUACGCACCUUUGAUUCUCAAAGACUUAGCUCACUAG